AUGAUUUGUUCGACAAUCCGUUUCGGUAAAGGAGUCACAUCGGAAAUCGGCUACGACGUAAGGAACUUAGGUGCAAAACACACUCUCGUAGUCACCGAUAAAAACGUCGCGAACACCACGGGAUUCAAGACCGUCUCACACUCACUGAAAUCGUUUGGCUUGAAAUUUACGGUAUUUGACGACGUGCAGAUUGAACCAUCAGAUGAAAGCAUGCUGAAAGCAGUGGAAUUUGCUCGUAACGCUGGAUGUGACUCGUUUGUGGCUGUUGGUGGCGGAUCAGUUAUAGAUACGACAAAGGCGGCAGCCUUGUACUGCUCGAAUCCACAGGCGGACUUUUUCGAUUUCGUUUGUCCACCAUUUGGCAAGAAUCUCGUUCCACAAAAUCCAAUGUUACCGUUGAUAGCCGUUCCUACGACGGCUGGGACCGGCAGUGAAACGACAGGUGCUGCAAUUAUGGACCUCCCAAAGCAUCGAUGCAAAUCCGGUAUCAGACAACGUAUGCCUCGAAACGUAGCCAUCUAUUCCGGCUUUGACGUCCUUUGCCAUGCUCUCGAAAGCUUUACGGCGUUGCCCUACACGAAGCGGGUCCCUCGCCCACUACGACCUGACCUUCGCCCUCUCUAUCAGGGAUCGAAUCCUAUCAGCGAUGUAUGGAGUCAGGAAGCGCUACGGAUAAUCGGUAAAUACUUCCGGCGAAGUGUGUUUGACAGUUCUGAUGAGGAGGCGAGAGAAAAAAUGCUGCUAGCCAGUACAUUUGCUGGAGUUGGUUUCGGUAACGCCGGUGUCCACCUCUGCCACGCGCUCAGCUAUCCGAUCAGUUCUCAAGGGCACUCAUAUUUUGAUAAAGACUAUCCGGAUAAGAAGCCCCUCAUCCCACAUGGACUCUCUGUAGUAACCACGGCUGUGGCUGAUUUUGAGUAUCUGACACCUGCCUGUCCAGAACGACAUGCUCAGGCGGCUCGACAACUUGGAGCAACAAUACCGGUUAGUGGGUUCAAUACAUCUAUCAAAAAAUUAAGUUAUUACUCUAGCCAGUCAAAAAAAAAAUAUUACGGUACGUCGGACAUUCACUGA